UUCCUCCGGCUCUGCUGCUCGUACUUACUGCGUACCCCUUUUUUGACUCUUUGUCUCUUUCUCUCUCCUCCCUUCUCCUAUCUCUCUCUGUCUUCCUUUCUACUGCAAACUUCAAUAGAUCAUGUGAUUCCUCCCCUUUCCUUUCUCUCUCCUCCAUCACUCUCCUUAGUAUCUCUUCCAUUUCUGCACUUUGCUCAACUCAACUAAAUCCUCUUUAUUAUUAUUAUUAUAUUAAAAAAAGAAUCGGAAAAAAUGAAGUCGUCGUUGGGGAAGCUGAAGCGAUUUGCAUUCCAUAAAAACGAUGGAAAGGAAAGGAAAGACUUUCAUCCUCCUCCUCCCAAGCUCGAUCAUCUUGCCCUUGCUUCCGAGGAGAUGCAAGAUAUGAGAAAUUGUUAUGAUAGUUUGCUUUCAGCUGCUGCUGCUACUGCGAAUUCGGCAUAUGAGUUUUCAGAGUCCCUACGUGAAAUGGGUGGCUGUCUACUGGAGAAAGCAGAACUGUACAAGGAUGAUGAGAGCAAAAAGGUUUUCACGAUGCUGGGAAAGGUUCAGUUCGAACUUCAGAAACUUGUUGACCACUAUCGCUCCCAUAUUUUCUUGACGAUUACUAAGCCAUCAGAUUCUCUUCUUGAUGAACUUCAAACCGUGCAGGAGAUGAAACAACAGUGUGACGAGAAGAGAAGUGUAUAUGAAUACAUGAUAGCCCAACAUCGGGAAAAAGGACGGUCAAAAGGUGGAAAAGGAGAAUUUUUUUCUCUGGAACAGAUGCAACAAGCUCAUACUGAAUAUGAAGAGGAGGCAACACUGUGUGUUUUCCGGUUGAAGUCUCUGAAGCAAGGACAGUCUCGGAGUCUCUUAACACAAGCAGCUCGUCACCAUACAUCUCAGUUGAAUUUCUUUAGAAAGGGACUUAAGUCACUUGAGGCCGUUGACCCACUUGUGAAGCUGAUUACGGAGAAGCAACAUAUAGAUUACCAACUAAGUGGGCUUGAUGAGGGUGGUGAUGGGGAGGAUGAAGGAGAAAACAGUUAUGAUUCAAAUGAUAAUGGGGAAUUAAGCUUUGAUUAUCGGCCACAUAAGGUGGGAACUGAAGCUGCUGCAACAUCAAGGAACUCAAUGGAGUUGGAUCAGGAAGACCAAUUAUUUCCCAAAGCCUCAACUGUGGACAGUGCAGAGUUCAGCUUGGAGAAAGUCCAUGGAGAUUCUCAAAUGCUAGAAAGUGAACCUAGGGCAAGCAGCUACAGCCACUCUGCACCUAUUAUUCCAGAGAAAAAAUUUGAUCCAGCUGAGAGAGCAAGGCAAAUGCGUCCAUCCCUCACACAAAAAUUUCACGCUUAUGUACUGCCUACCCCUUCUGAUGCAAAGAGUUCUAAUUCUUCAAGAACAAGUUCAGCUCCACGUACUAGGCCGACAACCGUCUCAACACACAACAUUUGGCAUUCAUCUCCGUUGGACACCAAAAUGAAUAAGAGAGAUUCAAAAGAGUAUAACCCGUCAUUGUCUUUCUUUAAAGCACACCCAUUGAUGGAUGAAAGAGAUACCAGCCAAGAAAACCAAGCCUCUACGCUUCUGCCCCCUUCUUUGGCUGAUGGACUUUUAUUUCAACAGAGUGACUCAGUUGAUACAUCUGAUCAUAAGAAACUAAAAAGACAGUCUUUCUCCGGUCCUUUAAGCAGUAAUUCCCGAUCAGGAAAACCUGUUUUUUCUGCAAGUGGCCCCAUUUCUGCUUCAAAGCUUCCCCCCCUGCGAGCCUCUGGCCCCAUGCUACCUCAGCCUUCAUCUCCAAAAACAUCCUCACGUCAAUCUCCUCCAUCUGUAUCACCUCCCAAGAUAAGUGAACUGCAUGAACUUCCUAGGCCUCCAGGUAUUGUAUCCAGCAAACCUACAACUUCUGCUGCUUCAAGUGGUCUUUCAGGUCCUUUAGGGUUGAAGAACCCGGAAUUUUCAGUAGAAAAUAAAAGCACAACUGCUGCCUCCAAUACAGCAUCUCCUUUGCCAACUCCUCCGUUGACUGUUCCACGAAGUUUCUCCAUACCUUCUAGCCACUAUAGAACGAAAGCAAAUGUCGCAAAGCUUCUGGAGUCUCCUCAACUUCACGAAAGGGAUAUUGCUUCUCCUCCGCUGACACCUAUCUCCUUAGCAAAUGCUAAUGCAGUUUUAACAUCUCGAGUUGGGACUCAGCCUAGUGGAACAUAAAGGUGGAAGAAGUUUUAUGUAGUUUUGUUUCAAUGACAGAAGGUACAAAUUUAUCUGCCUCCUUUGAUGGGCGCACCGUCGCAGCUAUGUAUAUAUUAGGUUCCCUGUCUUGUGUAGGCAUAUAAUUUGCAAUUUUGUUUAUCAGCUGUAGCCCUUUUGGAAAUUCGCGUUUGGGCAAUUUUGUUUUAUCCUAUCUAAUAUUACUGGCCCUUAUUAAAAGUUAUAAAAUGUAACCUUUGUACUUAUCUUAUACUCUUAAUAUCUUAUCCUAUUGGCCUUAAUGUUAUCUUA